UGUAUAUUUUUCCUUAUUGGUUGGAGCUCAAUUUUGUCUAGAGUGUAGUGUUAAAACUUUAAUUUUUAGACUUCAACAAAAUAUAGAGGCUCCAUUGGAGUUGCUAACCAAGCAGUAGGAGUACAUCAACAUACAGUAAAAUGACUACCUUGCACCUGCGAUGAACUGCGGCGACUCUAUCUCCCUUGUCCUCUGUUUCCGGUAACGACGGCGGGCAGAAGCUGGUCUCCCCUUUCCGACGAGUUCGCGACCUAGAGGUACUUGAGUGGUAUUGUGCUUGCAUGGGGUUAGGUCAUCCCUCAUCCCUAUAGAAUUGUAAAGAUGCUCAGUCGCAUAUGCAGUAGAAGUCGCUUCAGCCCAGCUUCUCCAGAGCCAUGGCUCUUUGUUGGGCUGGGCAAUCCAGGUGAUAAAUACAAGGGGACAAGACACAAUGUUGGGUUUGAAAUGGUAGAUGCAUUUGCAGAGUCUCUUGGCAUCUCAAUGGGUGAUUUACAUUGUAAAGCUAUAUUUGGGAAAGGUUUAGUCAAAGGAGUUCCAGUUUUCCUAGCCAAGCCUCAAACAUUCAUGAAUUUGAGUGGUGAAUCUAGUGGACCACUUGGUGCAUAUUAUAAGCUCCCGCUCAACCGCGUGAUUGUGUUUCACGAUGACAUGAAUUUGCCAUGUGGAGUACUUCGCCUUGACCCUAAAGGUGGUCAUCAUAGUCACAAUGGGCUAAAGAGUGUGAUUUAUCAUUUUCGUGGAAACAGAGAGUUCCCUCGACUGAGAAUAGGCAUUGGAAGACCUGCUGGUCAAAUGGACCCCAAGGUAUUCUUGCUUCAAAAGUUCAAUGCAACUGCUAGGGAACGGAUCGACGUUGCAUUAAAUGAAGGGGUUGAUGCUUUGAAACAACUUGUGUCUGAAGGCUUAAUGGAAACAGCAAGGUGGUUUAACAGCCAGCAAAAAUACAAACACAUCAGAUCGCGCACCGUUCCAGAGUGAUCAUCUCUUAUGACUAUUCAAGGUCUGAUGUUCAAGCAAAUUGGCAACUCAUUGAAGUGACAAGAGUAUGCACUAAACAACUGUUUGGUUCAGGCUUGCUAUUAGUAAUGCUGAUUUUAAAGGAUGAUAUGCUGAAUUGGUAUUCAUAAUAGGCUACUAAUUGUGGCUUAGAACAUCCAAACACUAGGGGUGAGUUUGGUUUUGGCGGUUCGGUUUUCACCCAAACCCAAAGACAAAACGGAAGAAGACAAAGCUUCACAAACCAAAGUAUCAUCUUUCUUUUGCAAUCGACUUCUUCGAACCUUUGUUCUUUUGUUGAACAUUAUGAAAAUUAAAAUGUUCAACUUUACCGUUGAUAAGCGGUACCCCCUCUUUGAAUUCAUCCAACUUCGCAAAUUUGCUCUAUGUCCACUCUUUCGAAACAAACAUUCUUUGUAUGACUUCUCUAAUUGAUUGCCUAGGUUAUCGGCAUUUCUCUAGUUUGCGAAUCCAUAGCCCCAUAAAUGAACCCCAUCGCAGGUUCAUCCCCAUCAACCAAUCUCAACACCUCCACUAACACUAUGUUUGGUUCAAGUAAUUUAAGAGAGAAAAGAAAAGAAAAUGAGAAUGAAAAUACUUAUCUUGU